UUCUUCUGUAACCCUCCAACGCCUAUAAAGACGACUGUUCAUCACAUACAUAGCCUACAUUAGACCGUCUAUUUCUGGAAUUCUCUCUGGACCAAAAGGACCUUGCUGAACCUGGGCCAUGUUUGGCACUGGGCAUUUGGUGUCUCCUCUGUCGUCUGCAGUCUUCCACUCUUCGGCUGCACACUUCUUCCCAGCGUUCCCCAGUAGGCUGAGUUCUCCGCAGAUCCUCAUCCCCGGGCCUCUGCUCAGCUACGAGCUCCUGCGCAGUUACCUGCAGCCUGAGCCCUGCAAACAGGCUCUGCUAUUGGCCGCUCAGUCUGCAGGACACCAUGCUGAGAACAUCGAUGAACCCCGGCCAGUGAAGCAGCGGCGAGCUCGGGCCAACUACAGCAGCUGGCAGCUGGAGGAGCUGGAGAAGGCCUUCGAGAGCACUCACUAUCCAGACGUCUUCAUGAGAGAAGCCCUGGCCCUCAGACUGGACCUGAUUGAGGCCAGAGUGCAGGUGUGGUUCCAAAACCGCAGGGCUAAAAUGCGCAGACAAAUGAAGCUUCAAAGCCAGGCAGGGGAACAGUGCGGCCAGCACGACAGUGACGACAGACAGACCGAGUCGUCCAGCAGGAACACAGCUCCUGAACUCCACAGCAGCAACAGCCCAUGCUGGGACAGGAAACAGGACAGAGGAAGCCCCACUUGGCCCAAACCCUCCUCAUCAGUUAUUCACAGCCCCGUGAGGGAUCAGGACGGGUCAGAGGUGUCCAGUGCGGAGGACUUCCGCUGUUGUAGCAUUGCCAAACUGAGGGCGAAGGCCAGGGACUAUGAAGCAGAGAUCCACAGCACUGUGGUCAAGGCCAGCAGAGAGAGGCAGAUGAAGACACAGGUACCUGCCACAGUCCUGGACAGAGACUGAAGCAGAUGUGGCCAUCGUCCAUUACCUCACGAUGAUCACACAGGACACAUUAGGAAUCCCAGUCAAUUCAUUAUUUAUUAUAAUGCACAAUUACACAC